AAAAAAAAUUCUAUAUUUAAAGUAAAUUUAUUAAAAGUAAUUAUUUAAAAUUUAAAUUAAUAUAAUUUAUUUAAAUUUUGUGUAAAAUAAAAAGAAAAACAAAAUGAAGCUGUGGAAAACUAAAAAACCCAUCAGCUGUGUCUCGGGCAAAAGUGGAGCCCUUAAAAAUGAGGAUAAACUUGAUACAAAUGGUGCCAACAUACAAAUGGGACCAAUGUUGUCGGCAGUAGAUCGCGCCAUGAGUCCAGCACAAUCAGAAGAUUCUGGUUUAGCACCAGAUCGUGGCACAACAUAUGCAACCAUAACAUUACCUAGAGAUAAUAGCACAAAUAUGGGCAUAACAUUAGCAGAACGCAACGACCUUUCAUAUCCACCUGUUAUAGCAACGUUAAGUCCAUUGGGUCAUGCUGCUGAUUUUCUAGCGCCAGGAGAUCGUCUUCAUCAAAUAGAUGGCAUCUCAACAAUUGGGUUAACAAAUCAACACAUUAUGAGCAUGCUGUGCGGCGGUGGCACAGCAGAUGGUCCUGCUAUUGUUGAAAUUGAAUAUUCCCUGCCUGAAUACAUUUCCCAAAAUAGUCUUUGUGUAACAUCGAAAUUGGCUCAAAUAACUGUGGAACGUGAGAGUGGUUGUCUGGGUCUUACAUUGCGCGGUGGUGCUGAUUAUCCUUUGAUUGUAACACAUGUUCGGCCUCAUGGUCCUGUCUAUAAAACGGGUCGAAUAAAACCGGGUGAUCGUUUGCUGAGAGUGGAUAAUGUCUCCCUAAUUGGCAAAACUUUGGCAGAGGCCCAACAGAUAAUAAAAAAUGGUGGCCAUAUAUCGGGCUAUACAAAUCUAACAAUUGAAUACGAUGUUUCCGUAGUGCAAAGUGUGGAAUUUUCUAUGGGUCCCUUAUUAAUAGAAAUUGAAAGACCCAUGAAUGAUAAAUUGGGUUUGGUACUAUGUAAUUAUACAUCAGCAGCUGGUCUGACUGAUCAUACAAAAAUCGAUGAAGUAACACAAGCGGGAGUAUAUAUAGCAAGUAUUUUACCAGCCAGUAUAGCAGAUAGAUGCGGAGCUUUAACCGUUGGCGAUCAAGUACUUUCCAUAGAUGAUAUUAACAUAGAGAAUUCUACUUACACUCCCGAUGAGGUAAUGACAAUAUUGGAUACCAGUUCGGGUCGAGGUUAUACACAAAUGCAAAUAAUGCCCGCACAUGCUUUGGCCAGAAGAGGUCACAACACUUUAAACAGUCCCAAAUAUGGUUUCAACACUUUAGAAUCGCGCAAAUCACGUCAGAGACAACGUUUCGUACGCAAAAGUUCUCUGCCUUUAGAAUCGGCUAAUGCAGCCGCCUCUACUAGUGCAGCAAGUGCUGCGGGUAGUAGCGGUAGUGUUAGUGGUCCCAGUGGUGGCAGCAGCAGUGUAAGUGGCAGUAGUUUAGGUGCCGCCAGCAAUAGCACAACAUCCGGUUUACAUCAUUCUACCAGCAUGGGCAUUUGCCGUGCUGAAACAUUUCCGGUUUUAUUAGACUGCAGCAUGGGCAGUGGUUUGAUAUUGGGUCCACAAACACCCUGUGGUCGGGCUGUUACAAUUUCCAAAAUUUUACCCGAUUCUGUGGCAGAUCGUUGUGGUUGUAUACAAAAAGGUGAUCGCAUAGUGGCCAUAAAUAAAAUGUAUAAUCUGGAGCAGCAAACUAUGCGUCAGCUGUUGGGUGAUAUGGGUUCAAGACCUCCUCAUGCCCCUGCCAAUUGGUUGGAAUUGGAAAUAGAAUUUGAUAUGCCCGAUACGGUGGUGCCUUCUAGUGGUGUGUUUAAUGUUAAAGUAUUACGUGCUGGGAAGGCUGGUUUGGGUUUAAGUGUAAAUGGCUCUAGUCAUGGAGGUUUUGUUAUAGCCGAUGUUAAACCCGGUAGUCCAGCUCAUCGCACCGGUUCUUUACGUACUGGCGAUAUUCUUCUAGCCGUAGACAAUCAUCCUGUGCAGCACUUUAAUGUAGAUUCUUUACUAAAGGAAGGUUCUAUGGGGGAUUUCUCCACAUUGACAGUGAAAAGGGUUAUGUUACCCGAUUUUCUGUUUGAUGCCCAACAAAAAGUACCCAAUCAUAUAUACAGCAAUUGUCCUAGUAGUCCCACUACCGAACAUGAUCUAUAUAGUAGUGCCUAUGUGGCGAAAUAUAAUGAUUGCAUGUCCAUAAAAUCGUCAACACCACAACCUGAAUAUUUUCGUGGGCCCACUUUGGAUGAUAGCACUUUGAAUUCUGUGCAAAUAAGACAUCAUUUAGCGGCACCCAAUUGGACUAGUACCGGCACUAUGGGCCGUUCAUUCCAUAAUCAGAAUACACAAAGUUUGACCACAGAACUGCCGGAUGAUGAAGUACAUUAUAAUGAAUUUGGUGGUUACGAUUUGGAUAGAUAUGCCAGUGUUGAUUGCACUACCUUACCACCACCAAUGGAAAAUAAAGUUUACGGUUCGGCUGCCAGUUCGAGUAGUAAAAGUAGUGGCACUAGUUUACAUCAGAUUAUAUUCACCGUACGUUUAGAACCCAAAGGCGGGUUACUGGGCAUAACUCUGGCCGGCAGUGAGGAUAUAUCUAAGGCAAUUACCAUAAGUGGUAUAGUGGAAGGUGGUAUAGCUCAUAAAAACGGACAAAUCCAAGUGGGUGAUCAACUUUUAGCCAUUAAUGCCGAUUCCAUACAGGGUAUGCCCUUAUCGCAUGCCACCAAUUUAUUACAGAAUUUAGGUGAUAUAGUAGAUUUGAAAAUUCUACGAUCACAUGAUGUACAAAAUAAUUAUGGUUCUGCUACUGAGAGCAACAAUUUGCCACAACCCCAAGCUAUUUAUGCUAAAGUUCAGAGAAGACCCCGCAGUCCCUCGGCCAAUACCGAUAAUGGUUCGGCAAGUGGCAAGGGAGAAAAGCCGCGGGUUUUUCAUGUUACUUUAUAUAAAGAUAAGGUAUAUGAUGAUUAUGGAUUUUCGGUAUCCGAUGGUCUCUAUGAAAGAGGAGUUUUUAUAAAUCGUAUCAGAUCGGGUGGUCCCGCGGAUAAGUGUGGCCUUUUAAAGCCUUUUGAUAGAAUAAUGCAGGUUAAUGAAAUUAAAACCCAAGAUUUUGACUGUUGUCUCACUGUGCCCUUAAUAGCUGCAGCUGGAGAUAAAAUCGAAAUGAUUAUACAACGUACAGAAUAGUAUAAGACCUCAGUGAAAUACUAAGAAACCCAAUUGCUUUAGCAAUAUGUGCCUUUUUGUGGAAAACUAUUCAUAUAAAAAUUUACAAAUCUGUUCAUAAAUGAUUAUUAAAAUAACAGCUGUUUACUUUUUGUGUCCAAUCGGUUCUGACUGGGAGUUUAAUAAACAAACAACGACCAAGUAUUGUCUAUAUUAAACAUGCCACUGCUACAAUAGCAACAACUAAGCACUUUUCCUUACGAUUUUUAAAAUUUACUUAAAUUCGCAGUUCAAUAAACAACAACCAAGUAAUGUCUAUGCAGCAACUUUAAACAUGUAGCAACAACUAAGCACUUUUCCUUAUGAUUUUUAAAAUUUGCUUAAAUUUAAUAAUCGUUUAUGAAUAUACGAUCUGGAAAUGAUCAAAACUAAGUUAUUUUCUAACCAAAUAUACAAUUUUAAAUUAUAUUUUUAUACAGUUUACGA